AGGAGACAGCACGCGGAAGAGGGUCGGCAGCAGAGUGAGUGGACAAGGGAGAGAGACGAGAGAGUGAGGCGAGGAAGUGUGGCGAGUGUGUAAGAGGGGAGACAUCAUGGAGAGUGCGGACUGCAGAGAGAGGGGAGAGUACACAGGGAGAGCGUAGCGAGAGGCGAGAGCGUGCAGAACGUAUGGUUUGAUAGGGGGAGGACAGGAUUGAGGGUGCGGUAAGGGAGUGUGACGAGAGAGGGGAGUGAAUGAGGGUGGAGUAAAGAGAGAGGGGAGGUGGGGGGAGAGCGUGCGGAGCGCAGUGCAUAGGAGAGGAGGAUCGUGGCGAGAGAGUGGAGAGUGCGGUGUGGCGAGGUUGUGUGGAGGGGAGAUGGAGACUUGAGGAAGAGAGAGUGGGGGGCGAGCGGAGCCCCAGCGGGGGGGUGGAUGCGGAGAGAGGAGAGGAGAGUGCGCAGAGGAUAGGAGAGAGGCUGUCGGGGGAGGGCGUGGAAGUGUGAAGAGAGAGAGAGUAAGAGAGUGUUGCGGAGAGCGUAGAGAGUAGGUAGAGACGGGGGAGAGAGGCUGUCGACUACAGAGAGUGGAGAGAGUGUGGCGGGAAGGGCGUGGAGAGAGGGGAGGGAGCGUGCAGAGUCUAGAGGGAGUGAAUAGUCGACUGGAGAGAGAGUGUGCAGAGAGUGAGGUCUAUAGAGAGUUGUGUGUGUCGUGACUCUAGUCUACAGAGGGAGUGUGUGUGUGUGUGUACGAGGGGAGGGAGGAGGAGAGAGGAGGAGGGGGGCAGCCGGAGUUGGCCGCGCCCGCUCUCGGCGCUCCGCUCACAAUGGCAGCCGCAGGGGAGCUCCGCGCAUUCGCCAUCAGACUCAACAGGGCUGGCGCUGCGGAGCUGAGGAAGCAGGCGUCUUCCUCCAGCCUGCGCUACAGCGGGAGCCUCUCCCAGGCCUUCACCACGCCCCUCCAUCCUGCGAUCCCGGCAUGCGACGUGGUGGAGCCCGUGGACGUGGAGGAGGUGCUGAGCUCCCACGCGGCACCCGACUCCGCUCCGCUCCGCGACAUCUCCGAGUUCCCUCCGGACGACGUCACCGUCACCUUCGCUCCUCGCGAGUGCCGCACUGUCACCCCCUCCCUGCCGGAUGAAGAUGGCUGGGAUGCGAGCGCGCACGUGCGAGACUGCGUGCGAUCCUUCACGGAGGACUGGGCGGUCGUCACGCGCAGGUACCAGCGUAGCGGCGGCGGUGGUGCCGCGGGGUCCGGCGAUGACGGCGGCGGAGGCGAGAGUGCCCGGACGAAGGGCCUGGAGCGACACCUCUUCGAGUCGGAGGAGAGCCCGGAUGACGAGGAUGCUGGGAGCCGCCGGGUGUCGGUGAGCGUGGGAGAUGACGUGUCCCUGGGUGAGGCUGACGGCGGUGGUGGCGGCGGUGGCGGCGGUGGAGGCGGUGGCGGUGCCGCCGCCGAUCCGCUGGUCCCGGGGUUGCUGGAUCACCGCUCGCUGGAGGAGACGGACCGCCAUAACGAACAAGCGCGACAAGCGGCGCGGCACUACAACCUCUUUGCCCUCUACCCCCCGCCUGCCGAUGAGGAGGAAUCUGUGGAGAAGAGGCCGGUUCCGGAGGGGCCACAUGAGCACUUUGGCCAACGGCUCCUCAUCAAGUGCCUCUCUCUCAAGUUCGAGAUCGACAUCGAGCCGCUGUUCGCCAGCCUGGCCCUGUACGACGUGCGAGAGAAGAAAAAGAUCUCAGAGAACUUCUACUUUGACCUCAACUCGGAGAACAUGAAGGUCCUGCUGAAGCCCCACAGCGGCCAGUCCUGCAUCCCCUCGCUGGCACGCACGGCAAUCUUCUCCAUCACCUACCCCACGCAGGACAUCUUCAUGGUCAUCAAGAUCGAGAAAGUUCUCCAGCAAGGGGACAUUGGAGAGUGCAUGGAGCCCUACAUCAUGAUGAAAGAGACGGACGCCUCCAAGAACAAGGAGAAGCUGGACCGGCUUCGGGCACAAACGGAAGGCUUCUGCUCCCGGCUAGGCCGCUACCGCAUGCCGUUUGCGUGGACGGCCGUGCACCUCAUGAACAUCGUGACGAGCGCCGCAACACUGGAGCGCGAACCGGAAACCGAGGCGCCCGCCACUCCGGGAGGUGGCACCCCCGGUGGUGAGGGUACAGACUCGGUGACAGGACGAUCGCAGACCCCUCGUGAGAGGAGGAUGGAUCGGCGAGGGCUGGCGGCGGCGCAGGCCGGGAGACGGAGCCUCGAUCGGGGAAGCACGCUGUGCAGCGAGGAGAGCCUCAACCUGGCUUCCUUCCGGCCCGUCACCAUCACCCUCAAUAACUUCUUCAAGCAGGAGGGAGACCGGCUGAGCGAUGAGGACCUCUACAAGUUCCUCGCCGACAUGCGCAAGCCAUCCACCGGCUUGCGCCGCCUGCGCACCAUCGCCGCGUCGCUGAAGAUGGAGCUGGCGCCGUGCCCCGAGAGUCCGGCGCACUGCCUCACGCCGGAGCUGCUGCAAGUGAAGCCGUACACGGACGCUCGCGCCCGCCCGUCACGCGAGAUCCUCGAGUUCCCCUCGCACGACCUCUACGCUCCCAUCACCACCUACCGGAACCUGCUGUACGUGUACCCACAGAGCGUGAACUUCUCCACGCGGCAGGGCUCGGCCAGGAACAUCGCCAUCAAGAUACAACUCAUGGCAGCUGAGGAUCCAGAGAGCACCAUGCUGGCGAUUUUCGGCAAAUCCAGCUGCCCGGACUUCUCUAAGGAAGCCUACACAGCCAUCACCUACCACAACAAGGCACCGGAUUUUUACGAGGAGGUGAAGAUGAAGCUGCCGGCGAAUCUGACCGAGAACCACCACGUGCUCUUCACCUUCUACCACAUCAGCUGCCAGCAGAAGCAGAACGCUCCGCUCGAGACGCCCAUCGGAUACACGUGGCUGCCCCUGCUGCAGCACGGUCGCCUGGUAACGGGGCAGGUGAACCUCGCCGUCUCCAUGGAGAAGCUGCCCACCAACUACUCCGCCCUGCCCCCCGAGGUCCACGUGCCGAAUAUCCGCUGGGUAGAGGGACACAAGGCUAUAUUCAAUGUGGAGGUGGUGGCCGUGUCCUCGCUACACACACAGGACGCCCCGCUGGACCGGCUCUUCGCGCUGUGCGCCGCGCUCGAGUCGCACUCCUUCCCCGUGUGGGCGGGGCCCAAGCGCGUGACGGAGGCGGAGCUCGAGGCGGAGCUGCGCUCGGCCGUGGCCGGCGUCGGCAACGCCGCCAUGCAGCCCCUCGUGCGCCACUUCCACCCGCUGCUCGACCGGAUCGUGCUGCUCACCGUGCGCCCGCCCGUGCUCGCCGGCCAGAUCGUGAACCUCAGCCAGGUGGCCUUCGAGGCCAUGGCCAACAUCGCCAACCGCGUGCACCAGAGCCUGGAGUUCAACCAGGACCAGCACGGUCGCAACGCCCUGCUCGCCGCGUACGUGCACCACGUGUUCCGCCUGCCGCUCGCCUGCUCCGUUGUCGGAACGGACGCCGGUGGUGGUGGCGGCGGUGGCGGCGGUGGCGGCGGUGGCGGCAGAGGCGGUGGCUGCACGCCAACCAUGAACCCCGGAGGGAUCCGGUACAACACGCUGUCGCGAUUCGCCGCUCGCCCUCGGCCCACGACCCUUAACCUCACGGGGACGCGCAGCCUCAGCAGCAGCAACCCCGACGUCAGCAGCCCCAACUCCGCCGACCAAGAGGUCGCCAGCCUCCUCGCCGGCAAGGAGCGGGUUGUGCCGUGCCGUGAGUCCAUGUUCCCGGAGUCCGCUCAGGCUCAGAGUCAGCUCGGGUGGCUCACUUCCCGCAAGCUGUUCCACGAGGAGCUGGUGCUGCAGUGGGUCGUGAGCAAGGGCAGCGUGCGUGACACGGCGCUGCAGAACGCCUGGUUCUUCUUCGAGCUCAUGGUGAAGAGCAUGGCCCAGUACCUGUACGUCACGGGGAAACUGGCCGCUCCGCGCCGCCUCCGCUUCCCCGAGCAGUUCACCAACGAUCUGCGCGCCCUCGUCACAAACGUCGCCAACGACAUCAUGGACAAGUUCCAGAAGGAGCAAGAGCUGGCGGAGAAGCUGAACGUGAGCCUCGCCUUCUUCAUCAACGACCUCUUCUCCCUCGUCGACCGCGGCUUCGUCAUGCAGCUCGUCAAGACCUACUGCAAGCAGACGUGGAACCGAGCGAACAGCUCGCCCAGCCCCGGGGCGCUGACGCCGCUGGCGUCGCUGCGCUUGGACUUCCUCCGCAUCGUGUGCACGCACGAGCACUACGUGGCACUCAACCUGCCGCUCGCCUCCUCCGCCUCGUCGCCCCCCACGUCGCCCUCGCCGUCGCCCUCCGUCGCGUCGCAGGGCUCCGGGAUGUCCUCCACCGUUCAAGACCAGAAGGUGGCCAAGAUGUUCGAGCUCUCCACGGAAUUCCGGCAGCAGCACUACCUCACCGGCCUGCUGCUCUCCGACCUCGCCCUGACGCUCGACCUCGACUUUGCCGACAGCCUGUCGUGCCUGCAGAAGCGCGCCAUCAGCGCCGUGUACGUGCUCGUGUCGAGCCACGACACGGAGCCGCGGUACUCCGCCCCCGAGGUGAAGGCACACAUCGCAUCGCUCUACCUGCCGCUCCUGGGCAUCGUGGUGGACGCGGCCGCUCAGCUCUACGACUUCACCGAGGGUCACGGGCAGCGAUCGCGAGCCGCCCUCUCUUCCCCUGAAGACGACGAGCCGACCAUCAGCCAAUCGGUGGCUUGCGCCAUCGCGGGGUCCUCGCCGCUGCGGCCCGGAUCCGGGGCGUCCGCACAGGCCGGCCGGGCGGGCGGCCCCAUCCUCUCGCAGGAGAGCAGCCGCCACCUCCUCGCCUGCACGCUUUGGGUGCUGAAGCACGCCGAGCCCUCUCUGCUGCUGGCCUGGCUGGCCGACUCGCCGGCUCCCCAGAUUCAGUCGCUGCUGCACGCGCUGUUGCUCUGCGUCUCCUGCUUCGAGUACAAGCGACGGAGCAGUUCCUCCAAUCAGAUCCCGCCGGCCGCCUUCAUGAAAUCGCAGGACAUGAAGGCGCGGCUGGAGGAGGCGAUCCUCGGUGGGGCCGGCGCCCGCCAGGAGAUGAUACGGCGAGCGCGGACGCACGGCGAGCGUGGCCAGGGCGGCUCCGCGGGGGGCACGGAGCGCGUGCGCUGGAAGAAGGAUCAGACGCAGUGGAAGCAGAACGAGCGCAGCGACAAGUCCCGGGCCGAACUGGAGCAGGAGGCCAUCAUCGACGGCAACCUAGCGACCGAGGCGAACCUCAUUGUCCUCGACAGCUUGGAACUCGUCGUGCAGACGGUGGCCGUGACGGAGGCGAAGGACGGCGUGCUGGGCGGCGUCCUCAAGGUGCUGCUGCACAGCCUCUCCUGCAACCAGAGCUCCGUGUUCCUGCAGCACAGCCUGGCCACGCAGCGCGCCCUCGUCUCACGGUUCCCAGAGCUGCUGUUCGAGGAGGAGACGGAGCAGUGCGCCGACCUGUGCCUCCACCUCCUGCGCCACUGCAGCAGCUCGCUCGUGGCGACGAGGGCCCACGCCAGCGCCUCCCUCUACCUCCUCAUGCGCCAGAACUUCGAGAUCGGAAACAACUUUGCGCGGGUCAAGAUGCAGGUGACGAUGUCGCUGGCGUCGCUCGUGGGGACGUCGGCGAGCUUCAGCGAGGACGCGCUCCGCCGUUCGCUGCACACCAUGCUGGCCUACGCCGCCGCGGACGGCGACAUGCAGCCCACCACCUUCCCCCUGCAGGUGCGGGAGCUGGUGCUGAACCUGCAGACGAUCCUCUCGGACACGGUGAAGAUGAAGGAGUACAAACAGGACCCCGAGAUGCUCAUGGAUCUCAUGUACAGGAUCGCCAAGGGCUACCAGGCGUCCCCCGACCUGCGGCUGACGUGGCUGCAGAACAUGGCGCGGCGGCACACGGAGCGGCGCAGCCACGCGGAGGCGGCGCACUGCCUGCUGCACUCGGCCGCCCUCGUCGCAGAGUACCUCUCCAUGCUGGAGGAUCGGCCGCACCUGCCCAUCGGCAGCGUCUCCUUCCAGAGGAUCUCGGGGAACGUGCUGGAGGAGUCGGCCGUGUCGGACGACAUCCUCUCCCCCGACGAGGAGGGCAUCUGCUCCGGCGGAUACUUCUCGGAGAACGGCCUCGUGGGGUUGCUCGAGCAGGCGGCCAACGCCUUCAGCAUGGCACAGAUGCACGAGUCUGUGAACGAGGUGUACAAGCUGCUGAUCCCCGUGUACGAGGCAAACCGCGACGCCCAGCGCCUGGCCAGCAUCCACGGCAAGCUGCAGGACGCCUUCAACAAGAUCGUCACCCAGGACGUGAAGCGGAUGUUCGGCACCUACUUCCGCGUCGUUUUCUACGGCGCCAAAUUCGGUGACCUCGACGCCACGGAGUACGUCUACAAGGAGCCGUCCAUCACCAAGCUGCCCGAGAUUUCGCACCGCCUGGAGGCGUUUUACGGACAGAGACUCGGGGCGCGAUACGUGGAGGUAAUCAAGGACUCCUGUCCCGUGGACUCUGGAAGCCUGGACCCCAACAAGGCGUACAUCCAGAUCACGUACGUGGAGCCGUACUUCGAGGCCUACGAGGCGAAGCACCGCGUGACCCACUUCGACCGCAACUGGAACCUGCGGCGCUUCAUGUUCGCGACGCCGUUCACGCGCGAGGGCCGUGCCCGCGGCGAGCUGCGCCAGCAGUACAAGCGCAAGACGCUGCUCACCACUUCGCACGCUUUCCCCUACAUCAAGACGCGCAUCCAAGUGGUGCACCGCGAGGAGAUCGUCCUCACUCCCAUCGAGGUGGCCAUCGAGGACAUGCAGAAGAAAAUCAGCGAACUCGCCGUGGCCACGCAUCAAGAGCCGCCGGACCCCAAGAUGCUCCAGAUGGUCCUGCAGGGAUCCGUGGGGACAACCGUGAACCAGGGUCCGCUUGAGGUGGCGCAGGUCUUCCUGUCGGACAUCCCCACCGACCCCCGGGAUUUCCGCUUCCACAACAAACUCCGGCUGUGCUUCAAAGACUUCAUGAAGAGGUGCCGUGACGCGCUCAGGAAAAACAAGCACCUGAUCGCCAUGGACCAGCACGAGUACCAGAAGGAGCUGGAGAAGAACUACUUGCGUCUUGUGGACGCCCUGCACCCCAUCAUCGAUCGCAAAAUCCCAGAGCUCUACAGACCCGUUGAGGCCUUCACCUGUGCCAGCAGGGAAUCGUUCAAGAGACAGAACCCCAGGCUCACGCAGUGAUACGGCGGCGACGACACCGGGGACUUGUCGUUAGCGCCACUGCCGGGUAUUCAUCGCAGCGACAGCGCCACGGCAGGGGGAAUGUGGGGAGCGUGCGUGGGGCGGCGGGGGGUGGGCCCGCGGUUUCAAGGCAUGGCUCCUCAGGAUUUUACUCGAGCGUUUAACCGCUGCCUUCAUUUACACUGGAGCGAUCUGAAUGUGGACACCGCCAGUCGCCUCGCGUAACGGGCCGCAAGCGUCGGGCAGGCUGUCCGCCCCCGAGGCCUUGGCUGUGUUUUUUUUUCUGCACGGGCGGAACUUACCUUUGCACAAAGAUUGCGUCGACGUGGUUUUGUUUUCGCACGAAAGCCUCGUUGCAGUAUUUAUGGCGGCUGUUUUGUGUGCGUGAUUGCCAAUGCUUUAGGGAAAUGAGAUUAGGAUUUUUAUCGGUGUCCCUCUUGCAUUAAAACGCUGAGGUUUUUUUUUUGUUAACGCCCUUAAAUGAUAACACUUUUAAGUGUAACAACAGAGCAAAUUUAUUAUUCAGAGGCCUUUGUUUAAUCCGCCCCUGCAUGGGGGGGGGCCUCACCGAACACUGCAUCGGCCGUCGGAGGUCGCUUGACCGUUGCUUCCACACCACGCUGGUCGUUUUCGGUUGGUGGUGCAGGGGGCAUAGAUGUUGGAGCAUAAUAUAGUGCAAGAGUGGAUUUUGCUGCACCGCGAGCCGCUGACAACGUGGCCGCACAGCAACAGGCCUAUACAUGGUGGUCGCCCAUCCAAGCACUUUCCAAGCUCAAGCCUUGCUUAGCUUCUGAAUUCUGAUAAGAUCGGGUGCAUUCUGGGACAUUUGAUCUUGGCUUGGGUCUAAUAAACAAUUACACUUUGUAAUUAACCUUGAAAGAGUUUUUAAGCAACCGUUUGCAGGUUCUUGCCAAAACAUUCCGUUGGCUAUCGCCAAGUAUCAAUGUUGUUGAUCAAUGCGCAGCGAGGUUCCUCUUUUAUUAUUAUUUGUAUCUUUUAAACACGUUUGUGGAUUUGCCACGUGCCUGUGUUUGCAUCGAAGCCAUAGUUUGCGUAUUAAGCGACACACCAAAAAGCAUGCACGCAGACAAUUAAUUAUUGAGUUUAGCCUCUUUGAUUGGAAGGUGCUAACGUAUGGUGGAGACUUAUUGUGAACCAAAUCACCAUCGCAGACCUUGAUCCACCCAUUGCUGCAUGUUCUCCUGAACCUAACCACCAUCAGCAUGUACAGCCCUUCUGUUAAUCCACUGCUGGAUGGUGCCCCCCCUCAACCCAAAAAAGAACUGUCAGUCAUGGGGGUUGUUUGACCAUACUUUGCCACGCUGGUCAGUGUGGGUUGGUGAAGGUGAAGGGCAUAAGACGUGGAAGCAUCGAUGUUGCGGUGCUGUCCUCUGCUGGCCACCUCCUAGCCUUACAGCACUAUGACAACCUGUUAUACGUGGUGGUGGUGGUGAUUACCCAUCCAAGCCCUAUCCAGGCUCAACUCUACUUAGCUUCUGAGUUCUUGCGAGAUCUGUGUGCAUUCCUGGUGAUUUGGUCACUGGGCAAUCGCAAAUCAUUUCUUCUAGGUAACCAACGUAUGUAUUCAAGAUGAGUGAAAAAAAAUCAACACAUUUGCACUGUUCAUGUGAUAUUGAUGAUUGUCCAUCCACGGCAAUCGUCCUGCGGACAAAGCUGCCCUUGCCGUGGUAAUGUGGAAUUUCCGCCGUUGGCCCAGGGCCCAGAAACGGGGAUGUCGCCCAAUACUGCUCGUUUGAGCAGUGGGACACCGACGUGUAUUGUGACUAUUAUUACUGUUGCAGUGCAACGUCACAUCCGACUCACUUGGUAAUGAGGCAUAGGCGGAUAUGUGAAAAGGUCAGAUAUUUUAUCAUCUGGCAACUGCACCACGUGCAAAUACUUCACUGGGCGGGGGCGGUUAAUUGGUCAUGGGGGGGGAGGGUGUUACGGUCGGAUAUUCAGCGUUGUACUUAUUUCGGUACUGUUUUGUCCGUGUACAGGUAUGGGUUGAACACCUGCAAGUUCACACCUGUGCGCCUGUACUCAGCAAUGGCCGCCCUUGUACUACUGUGUUAAAUUACGUGGGCGCUGAGCCACUUCGAUGGCGUCAAGUCCGCGGGGAUCCUGUAGCGUCGGGUCGUGUAGCUUUUCUGAGCAGAGAUGCGUUACAUUAAAAUGUAAAUGAUUCAAAACUCCGAAAAAGAAGAUCCCAAGUCCUUAAAAUUCCAAAUGAUAAGAUUUUUUUUUAUUCUUAUUAUUAUCUGAAAGUCAUUCCUUUGUUAGAUGCACAGCUGAGCGGGCUGUGUGUGCCGGGCUAUAUGACAAGAGGUUUAAGCAUCGUUCUCGGUGAAAAAUACUUCAAAAGGCUCGGUUAGGUCAAUCGUUAGUGCACUCUUGUUACGUCAAUACAGUGUGCCACAUACAUUUAUUUGAUUGUUACGAAUAUAGGCACCCGCUUUGUUCCCCUGAUUGUGCCAUCGGCUUUGUGUAUCGUGACGAAGAAUCGAUCGGGAUCUCGCGCGGAGCAACAGUCCGGCCCUGUCGUGCUGGAGGGUAACGGUCCACAGAAGCGGAUGUCACGCAACUACCUCUGAGAUCCAUUCUCACGUCCUCUGGUCCACACAGUAGAACAGCAGGCGACCUUUCCCACCAACCCCCUGCCACAGGGAGUAACGUUUGUCACGUGGCAAUGUUUAAUUUUCAGACCUGGAACUUAAGUCAAAUUGAAGUGCCGGAGCCAAAUUUAAUUUGGUGUGCAGUCAUUGGUGACCGGGCUUACGCUGUCAACUUGCCGAACGUAAACGCUCCACGAUAUUUUUUAUGUCACUGCCGAAGUCACGAGGCCAUGGACUGGAAAGUAUUCUUUGUUCCCCCUCGACAGUGAAGAUUCGAUUUCGCGUGGGGACCCCCCGGGACACACAGCCUAGGUGUGUGUAGCGAGCUACGAGAUGAGAGCUAUUUGUUUUUUGUGUGUGUGUGUGUGUUAUCGGCCUGUCAGUGAUGGGACUCGUGUAAGGUGAUGUCAGCAGCAUAAUUGCGUGCACUGUUAUUUCGCAAACAUAUGUUUCCAAUAAAAUGCUUUUGUUACAAUG